UUUGUUGUACUGUCAUCUGUGUCACAGUUCACAGCAGCAAUUCACCGAGAUCGUUGUUAAUUAUCACGAGCAUUUUCUUCGAUAGUAUUAACUAUUAGUCAUCCCAGUCGACACUAGAUCCAGCAACCAAAAUGGGAAGGACCAUGAAGACUAGUCAAUUCUAUGUGGGUGAGAUAGGACAGGCCCGUGAGAUAUCAGCAACUCAGAAGACAGCAUCAAGAGUCUUUAUGCUGGCUAGAGCAGGAACCAAGAAGAAAGCAGCAGCACAUCCAAGAUAUGAAGAGAUGGUUCUUACUUCCAUUCGAGAACUGAAGAAUAAACGUGGUGUAUCCCGUCCUGCCAUCUUCAACUACAUCACCAUGCAGUUCGAUGUUGAUAAGUCUGCCAAUACUCGGAGACACCUGAACCUGAACCUGAAAAGGUUACUGGAUAAGGGUGAGAUAGUGAUGGCCGGGUCUACUGGGAUGAAGGGUUCGGGUUGUUACAAGCUCGCUGCUCCAGCAGGACGUCAGGACGCAAAGGCCUCUGGAGCUAAGUCCAAUGUAAAGAUGUUGACGUUGUCCAAGGAUAAGAGGAAGUCAACAAGCCUUUCCAAAGUCAAGAAGGCUUCUUUGGCUUGUCGGUUUUCCCCCAAGGGCAGAACCGACAAGAUUGUUGACAUUAAGUCUCCACCCAAGAUUGGAACCAAGAAACCAGUUGCCAAGAUGUCCGCCUCCAGCAGUGAUAAUGCUGACCAACCUACUUCCAAGAAGACCGCACCCAAGAGUAAAUCUGAUCAACCUGUUGCCAAUAAGACUCUUCCCAAGAGCAAAUCUGAUGAAGCGAUUGUCAAGAAGUCCUCGAGCACUGGUCUGAAUCAGGAUCCGAAGAUAUCCACUACUAAGCGUAGAACCCGGAGAAACUAAACCAUCAAGAAGGAGAAAUUAGAAUCGUUGCUACCAAUAUCGUUAUAUUUGGAUAGUAUGUAUUAUUAAUAUGUCAACCAGUUUUGGACCAAUAUUUUGUCUUGUAAAUUAUGCGGAAUAGAUUUUUUUCCUAUUGUA